AUGGGUUGUUGUAAGAGCAAUCCUUGCUCAAGCGGAUGUCCGACGAAAGAUUUGACAGCUGCGAGUCUGAGCGUCGACGAGGCAGUGGCGUCGGCAUUCAUGACGACGUCUGCAGCCGCUACUACCUCGACGGCAGCGGCAACAAUCGCCCCUACUGCUGCUGCUUCAUCAUUCUCGGCCGGAGAUCACGUUGGAGCUAUUGCAGGAGGUGCAGUAGGAGGAGUGGCUGGCAUCACUCUAAUCAUAAUCGGUAUUAUCUGGUGCUUGAAGCGCAGAAAUCAAGCACGAAGAGAAGAACGCGAGCGACAGAGGAUGGCGGAAGAUUACAAGAACGAUGACGGCCAUUUCCACAACACAUAUACACCACGACAAGCUGAUACGCCACGAGAACUUCAGCCAGAGGAUGACGAAGGACCCCGAAGGACCGUCUACUCCAUGGAAGAUCCAGAAGGACUAGAGGUUGAUGAUCGGCCUCAGCAAGCUACCUCAACGAGACCGAGUACAGCAGAUCAACACCUCACAUCAAACACCCAAUCGUCCAGCAUCAGCCCAAAUAUCAGCCGACCACCCAGCGCCAACAAUCCGAUCAGCAUAGGUCCUCCACCCAGUAUCGGCGCCUCGUGGUUCACCCGCGACUCAAUCUUCACGAACGGCUCUCCUCACCUCGCAAGCAUCCCCUCCCCUGACGAACAGCGCCGCGUCUCUUGGAUCGAGCAAGCACGACACAACGGUAACAACAGCCCCAUGAUAACUCCCAUCCACUCGCCUCUUCACAACAAUCAACCCGACUACUUUGGCGCUUUCGAAAAUCAUCAGCGUCAGACUUCGCAUGCGACACAAGGUCCGAUUUCGCCACAGAACCAGCGUUUCGAACUUGAUGAUACGCAGUUGAGUCCUCCCGUUGAGCUUGAAGCUAUUGAGGCGACUUCGAAAAAGCAGGGACACGAGGCUAGGCAAGAGGACCCCGUGCAUGAGCCAGCACAGAGACGUGGCCGACAUGAUGUAGAGGAAGGACAGACCGGAUCUGCAUAUUUCUCGCCAGACGAUAUUGGGAAGCCGUAG